GCACUUGACUUAGAACCUAGCUCGUGGGAUGCAGCUUCUCCAUUGCGGCGAACACUAUCUUUGCAUCUCACCAUUCUUCUUCUUCAGAAGUACAUACUAGAUAGAGCCUGCCACACAGAACUUCACUCACAGGUACAUGAUAUCAAGGGUUCCUUAGUUCUAAUUCCAUUACUCGCAACUCAUACACCUGGAACCUUCUUGGAACUUUCCAGGGGAAACGCCACACUAGACGCCUACUGAGUUAUAACCGUUCUUAUUCUUUCUUUUGGAUUGACGCAAGCAGAUUCCAUGUAGCAUCAUCGACGAGGCUAUCCUAACCUCACCUACCCCCUUCUUUACCAAAGCACAAACCUCGGACGGACAUUAGCUCCACCUCUGACACUGCGGUAUUCUCUUGUGGGAAACACCCCUGACACUUUGAUCCUGUCCUCCCAUCCUCUUAGCCUUCUAUGGAAAUCCCAUUUCGGCAGCUGUGCAGCGGCCCGUUGAUCUACCUUCUUCAACUAAUCUAUUAUACUUAAGAGUCUUCAGUCCUCAUUCCGUUUUUUUCAAAAGUCAAAAUAUGUUUUAUAUCAACUCGAGCUAAAGUGGGAUUACUAUUUAUCACAACGCACACACCAAAUCUACAUACGGUUCACUGCAAGAACUCUAUUUCGAUCCUUUCCCUUUUUUACCAAUAUCGCCAUCAAAUAUUCCUAGUUGAAUCUCAGUACUACAGGAGUAACGUCACCAGGCGUUAUAGUCUAAUUCGAGGCCAGCUUUCGGGAAACACUCGAGUUUCCAUUGGAACAUAAUAGAUUUGCACCUAAUCAAAUUACCCAUAAAAGUUAUCGUUCUGGAAGCACUAUUGUUUUAUGAACUGAUUUUUGGGUUUGAUCCUGCCACUCGUAGUGGUCGAUCUAGUCUUGGUCCUUGCCUUGAAUAAUCAAUACCGCUCUCUAUAUCUCUUUCUUCUUUCCACAGAGCCAUAUCGGGCAAACACUUUGAAAUGAACUUUCACACACCAGAACAAUCAUACACGCAAGAUACCCAGCCACGGGAAACACAUUCCACCAUGGCUUUGUUACAGAGACCUCACGUAUUUUCUGGCUCGGAUUGGCGUGGCCUUGAGCCUGUAGAGAUGAGGUCAAAACCACGCAUGGCCAAUGUUGGGGAAUCACUUCCAUCUAUUCGAACAAUGUUUUCUGGAUUUGAGAGCCAGGAAAGACCCAUUGAAUCCGAGUACAGACAUGCUACAUCAUUUUCUCCCAUCACAACAGAAAGAAACGCAUCUCCUGGGUCAAACAAGAGAAUGAGAUUAUCCGACGAUUACUAUGAUGAGGAAAGCCAGCAGCAACGAGAGAGAUAUCAAUCAGUUAGCAGUGGUCGAAGCCCAAUGACAGCGACCUACGGUUAUCACAGUGCAAACUCUUCGCCAGUUUCCUCAAAUGCCCGUCGAGAGUCUAGAGUUCAUUCUAGCCAUGGAAGCCCUUAUGUUUCAAGGUCUGGACGAGAGCAACCUAUUCUCUCAAUCCCAGAACGCAGAGCCCAGAAUCAAGAUCACCACACUUCGAGACCACCAUUCCAUUCUCCCAUCUCUGAGCCAUCGAGUACGACAUACCGCCCAAGCCUCCCAAGUAUCACCACCCCCGACCGAUCUUACGAACGAACUUACUCCCAAAACCCCGCAGAACGAUCCCAUGGCGAAUACCCUCCCAUGAAUGAGUACCCAAGAAACGAGUAUGCAUUGGAGGCUUCCCGCUCAUACCACCAACAAAAAUACGCACCUUCACGAUCCGACUACGGUUACCACCAACCCAGAGACCAAGGGUACCCCCAACCUGCAACUUUCCCUCACCAUCCAGGCCAAACCCCAUUCACCAACAGACACCACGCAGGAAGCUACAGUCCAACUCCCUACCAAGCCCAAGAAAUGGGCGACUCAAAACCUCGCAAGCGUCGAGGAAACCUCCCAAAACCCACCACCGAUAUCCUAACAACCUGGUUCAUCAACCACCUCGAACAUCCCUACCCAAACGAAGAAGAAAAGCAAUUGUUAAUGAGACAAACGGGUCUCCAACUGAACCAAAUCUCCAACUGGUUCAUCAACGCCCGUCGUCGUAAAUUGCCCGCUCUUCAAAACAGUGCUCGUGCAGAAAACGCUGCCCGAUCGCAUCACAACCGAAUGCACUCUGCAGAUGGGGGACAGAGUCCCAUGAGUCUCUGCAACAGCGAGCCAGGACUAAGUCCCAGAGCCGCAUCUGCAUUUAACGAAGGAUGGCCUUCGCGCCAGGAAGAGCGUCAUAGCCAAGAGCAUUAUUAAUUCUUUCUCUUCUUUGUACUUGAUUACAUUUUGCAGCAUUGAAGGCGCACUUUUUUUUUUGUUACGAACAUGACUUUUCCAGCCAAGGCUUUAGAAAGGGAGAGGUUGUGUGCGGUUUUUUAUUCUUAGUUUCGUUUCUUUUUUCAUGUCUGCACUUUUGUUGCAUUAAUUCUACGACUUUUUUGUAUCGCAUUAAUUCUACGACUUCUCUUGUUAAAUUAGAUUUGAAUUUUGGGUGUUUACAUGCUUCUCACAAGUGUAAGGGAAGGUAACCGCACUGAGGUAUUAUCAGGAAAUGUAUGACAACAUGGGUAUAUUGGAUUUGGGAUGGACAGCAACAGAUACCAUAUUUGUAUAUUUGGGUUAUUCGGUGAAACCAAAUUCACAUGAGCUCAGCGGAGUAAAUCACAGACUAUCACAUCAUAGUCUGAUGUAAAAUUACCCGCGAGCGUCAUUGUUAAUGUUUUUUAAUUCUUACCAUAUUUUCGCUUCUUAUAAUGAAUAUAUUACCUCCAUAGUACAGUUGAUAA